CUGUGCGCUCGGCGUAUCUUACGACGCGAUUUCCACGCAUAGCCUGCAAGCGUUAGGCCUAGGCUUUGUGUAUAGUCGGGACUCUGCAACUUUAGCGGCAGAUCAUCCGUAAAUUAAGCGACUAUUGGAAGACAGAAUUUGGGGUGCCUGAGCGACAGUUCCAUUUUGAAACCAACACGAGUUAUCAGCUUCAAUCUCCGACAUGCCACACCUGUUCAAAGGGUCGCGGAGAUCGCGCUCGCACGCGCCUUUGUGCAGCUCCCGUUGCAGUCUCCCUCCCGACAUCCACUUGCCUCGUCGGCGAACUACCUCUCCUCCGAUGGCGCAACCAACACCCCGUCAGAUGAAAUCGCGCGUCUAUACGAUUAUUCAGGCAGAUGCUCUGCAGUCGAGCGAAGUCAACAAGCACGGCUGGAGGAGCGAGGUCGAGGGCAAGAUCGUGGAGAUGGACAUCGAUAUCCAGCUAUUUCUAUCCUACUUCAUGCCCAGCGUCGCGGAGAUGCCUCCCUCGCAGGCCGCAGACCCUUUUCAUGUGCCGGUCGGUGGGAAGGAGACAGAUAUGUACAAGCCUUUGUGCGACGGGCUGAAGAACCUAGUCAAGGACUUCCCAAAACAAAAGCGUCUGUCUUUCCACAAUAACGCGCACGAAGAGAUCAAGUUUCCUUUCCUUCUAUGCCAGCGGGACCAGCACGCGACGAAGCCGGACGUCGUCGCGUCUCUCCCUGGUCGCACGUUCGCUCCCCGGAACAAGGAUGACGACCACGAUCGUUGGCGGGACAUCUCCGUUGUAUUCGAAAUCAAGAACGUGGAGAGCGAAGACCCCAUGCUCUACUGCUCGGAGAGGAACGACGAGACAUUG